AUGAAAUGGCGGGAGCAGCCUUUAGCAGACAGAACCCAUCACUAUGACAACUUUGAUGCUGCAUGCCAUUACGUUGCUUUUACUUUUCUCAAUGGCUCCAUCCAUGUCCGACUUGGAGAAGUCAAUCUGGAUGUCCUGGAUGGCACCGAACAAUUCAAGAUUGUGGCCAAAACAGUCAUCCACCCUGACUUCAACCACACAAGCCAUGACAAUGACAUUAUGCUGGUCAAACUGUUGUCCCCAGCUGAGCUUAACUGCUACGUGCACCCCAUAGGCCUGGCCACUCAUAGGACAAGCCCUGGGGAGGAGUGCUUGGUGUCGGGAUGGGGCACUCCCAUCAAUUAUCCAGGGAACAUCCCUCUGCUCCUUUACUGUGCAGCCGUCAGGAUAAUCCCUUUCAAGAAGUGUGUUGCUCUGUACUCUGGGAAUGUGAACCACGAUAUGUUCUGUGCUGCCUCGCUGGAGGGAGGCACCGAUUCCUGUGAGGGAGACUCCGGAGGACCCCUUGUCUGCAAUGGGAAACUCCAGGGUGUGGUGUCUUGGGGAGACGUGCCCUGUAUAUCCACCACAAAACCUGGGGUCUACAUGGACGUUUUCAGAUAUAGAGACUGGAUUGAUAAGGUCAUGAGGGACAAUUGA